AUGAGAGAGAACCCCGCGCUCUUCGACUCCGCCGUGGAGGAAGAGCUCGAGGCGCUGGCCGUCCAGCGGGACGAGGAGGAGGACCAGAAGGCGCAGUUGGAGAGCGACGGCAUCAAGGAGGACACUCUGGUGCUCAGGCGCAGGAUGGACGAGGUGAGACAGGCCGAGCGCACCCGCAUCGUGACCGAGCUCCUCUACUUGAAGGUAUGUCGGAAGUUCCAGCAGCUCCAGGUCCCCUUGAUUCCUCCGCUGAAGGCUGGGGGUGACGUCAAGUUCGGGGCCAUCGAUCUGAAAGGCCUGACCACGGACGUCUACUCUGCGGACGCCCUGGAGCUGGUACGCGAGCACCUCUUCCACAUCAUCGGGCAGCGGGGCAGCACCACCUUUGCCACGGGGACGGCCGUGGUCCAGAUAUCCCUCUUCCAGGCGGGCCAGGUCUACGGCAUGUCCGCCCUGUUCGGGUACUACCUGCGUCGCGUGGACGCGCGGUACCAGCUUGAGAAGCUGGCGGGCAAUUUUGGGGCCUGGGGCGAGGCGGCUCCCGAGGAGGGGGAGAGCCCGUUCGCCGGCGACAAGGAGGGCUUCGACUCCCUGCAGGGCUACAUCAACCAGUUCGGCCCUGAGGAGGUGCAGAGGAUGACGACAAUAGCGUCCGUGGAGGCACAGAUGGCGAUGGAGUCGCAGGUCGCCGCGCUCUUCGGCGACCUGCGGACGCUGAAGGAAAAGCUGAUGCAGGUGCUGGGCAUGGUCCGUUCCAACGAGGAGGCGACGCGGAAGCUGGAGGAGGCCAUCCAGAACAAUGAGGUGCAGUCCCUCCGCAUCACCAGCGACGACCUCCGCCGCCUCGUUCUCGAGGCGGUGGCAUACGGGUCCCUCCUGAACGACUCGGAGAAGCAGACCGAUUCCUUCUACGAGCUUACGCCGUCCAGUCGGCCGAUGGGCGCCAUCAUGGGGGACGACGAGGACGAGGGCCGCUACCUCUCGGAGUGUGGCGAGGCGGCCGCGUGCGAGCGUGACCACACGCGCUCGCCCGAGCAGGUCCUGUCACAAUACCGCAAGGAACAUUGGGAAUGGUACAAGACUCAGAUCGCGCCAAACAGUUUCCAAUCCGUGUUCGUGGCGACAUACCUCUUCCCGCCCGUCUUCGCACAUCGAUCGGCCCUCUCGGUUCUCUGGGAGCCAGUGAAGGUCAAGCUCAUGAAUAAAGACUGCGCGCAGGCCGCUGCCACGCGGGCUAGGCGCCGCAUGAAGCUGCGCCAGGAACCAUGGCCCCCCUCCCGCGCGCUCGCGCUGCGCGUGGGCGCGUGGGUGCCGCGGGCCGCGGCUCCAGCGGUGGGCAUGGCCGGCGCGGGGUCCCCUGCUGCGACGGCGAGUACCGUCCCUGAAGACGAGGCCCAGCACUUCCAGGGCGACGGCGGCUACGUUGGCGAUGGCGGGGUGGCGCUCGAGCAGCUCUGGGCUUCUCUGCCGUGGAGGGAGAUCCGCAACUGCCCCGGGCGCUACACGACGUCCGACCGCGCCGCGCGCGCCGAGGACCUGGUGGCGCUGCUCGGCCGCUGUGGCUUCGCUGUUGGCCGCGCACCGCUGGUGGCGCGCCUUCCUGGCAAGGACCCCAUGGCGCUAUUCCGGCUGCCCGGCGGGGGCGGUCUCCUCACCUAUUGCAGGCCAGAGGGUUUCUUCGUGCACACGCUUAACACCGAGAGCGGGCUCGCACGGAAGGUCGACGCCCUCGGGCUUGGCGCGGACGCGCACGGCCUGAUCGGCGAGGAGGUGCCGUGGUCGGAGCGGGCGCCGCUGCGUGCCGUGGUGGCCGUGCUGCCCUUCCUGGCGGACCGCGAGAAGAACGCGUCCGCGUACGCGCUCGUGCUCGCGCUCCGGCGGGCGGCCGCGUUGCAGCCGGGCGCUGCCCCGGAGCGCAGCGGCGCCGUCUGGCGUCUGACAAGGGAGUAG